AUGAAUUCAGAGCACUUUAUGCACAUUGGACUGUGCUUGCUGCUUCUGGCACGCGCGGACAACGAGUCGGUCGCAGCUGGAAACCUGAGCACUGGUGGAACAACCGAUGGCCGUGGGAACCUGAUUGGGGCGAAGUCGAUCUACCACGAUGACGGUCGAUUCCACCAGAAUCUCGAUAUUCUGAAGGGUGCGUUUGACAGGAGCUUCUCUGGGCAG